UGCAGAUUUAGACACAUGGAAAUGCAGCAAAACUGCAGCAUUUCAUGCUUCUGGGAAACUCAGCCUCUUGGCUGUGUGAAGAUCAGUUGUGUCUUUUAUCACAGCAAACCUCGAAAUAUCAAUGGACUGUUUUUGCCACCAAGUAGCAAUGUCACAGUACAGAAAGAACCUCAAGAAGGAGUUCCACCCAAGUCCCAGAGUCAGGAACCUUUGAAACCUCAGGAAAAUAUAGCACGACCCAUUCAGCAUCCUUUGAUUUUAAAAAUGAACUUUGAGGAAGAGGAGGAGGAAGAAGAAGAAGAUGAACAAGAUGAUGCUUCUGUUUUAUGGACAAAGACACCUGAAGAAAUAGAAGAAAAAAGAGCAAUAAAGGAGAUGUGUUAUAAAUCUGGUGAAUACUACAGAUUUCCUACUCCGGACAUUUCAUCGGCAAAGAGCGUAGCUCCUCCGGUGGAAAAAGAGUCUGCCAAGCCUGCGGAAAACGGCAGUGAAUUACAAGAAGGGGAUGGUCUUACAGUGCCAACAAAAUUUAGCCUAAUUGAACGGCAAGGUGAAAUAAAAUCAUCUUUGGAUGGGAAACCAAGGGCUGACAUUGCUGCUUUUGAAAAUGGAGGAGGUGACUGUUAUGCCCCCCAGAGGAUUAUAUUUCUGGGAGUAGAUGAAAAUGAAGCUGUAACUCAAGAAAAAGAAAUCACCAUGCCGAAAUAUUCAAAUGCUAAAGAUUAUAAGGACAGUGCUCAUCCAAAGCGUUGCCUAACCAGCCGACUAGCACCUACAAUGCAUGUAUUAAAUGCUACUGAGAAUAUCAGUAUGAAGUGCACUGAGGACCACUCUUCAAUGAAUGAUGGCCAGCCAGGGAGGAAACCUCAUUUUAAAGGUGUGAAAAAAAGGAAAUGGAUUUAUGAUGAACCAAAGAACUAUCCAAACUCAGGAAUGCGGAGAGCAGGGCAGGCCCCAAAUCCCAAAACCAAAAUGAGUUAUCAUCGAAAUAACAAAAACAGAAAUGCUGAAAAUACAUCCUACAUCCAAGUUCCGAGAGAUGCUGCCAGGACCGUCUCAUUGAAUGCACCUCCCCGGGCCAGGGCCACAAGUGGGCCCUACAAUAAAGUUGACGUUCACAACGAACCCAAGCUCAACCUCUGUCCAGACAAAUAUAUGCCAGUAUCAUAUAAUGGUUCUGCCUGGCGGAAAAGAAUUCCCUUUUCAAAAACAUACUCGAAAACUGAAAAAAUAUAUACAGAGCCAAGAAGAAAUGGGAGCAAGUAAACAUGGAGGUUCAGAGAAGAGAAAAAUGAGAAAAGAGAAAAGAGCCGGGCAUUUUCUGAUUUACAAACAAAAAUGAAAAUACAAAGAAAGAGAUUUUCAAGUACUCCAUACGAUAUACUGGAUAGCCAAAGAUGAUAAAAUGCAAAUUCUGAAAAUAAGAUGCAGGAAGUACAUUGUGCUCUUUCAAAACUGAUAAAAAUGCAAAUUGCAAACAGGUGCUUGUGUAUUCAUAUCGGUCUGGAAUUCAUUCGAUGCAU